AAAUAGUGAACUUUCAGUUUCUGUAGUUUUCUUGUGUUUGAUGAAGGUUGUUAUUUUGAUGCUCUUUGUAAACACUAAUGAAAUAUGGGGUUGAAGCUAUUCGAGGGUGAUAAUGAUGACGUUGAGAAGCUGGACAAGAUUGAGAUCAAUGAGGAAUUUGCCCGUCGAUACGAGCAUAACAAGAAGAGAGAGGACUUACAAAGGCUGGAAGAGCUGAAGAAGAAAGGCCUCAUCGAUGACUCUGACAACGAAGACUCCUCUGAAGACGACGAAGAAGAAGAAGAGGAGGAGGAUUUGAACCCUUCGAGUAAUUUAAAGUUCAUUGAUGUUUUGCUUAAGAUAAAGAAAGGUGAUCCAAUUUUGAAUAAUAAAGAUGCUACGUUAUUCUUUUCUGAAUCUGAAUCUGAAUCAAAUUCCGAGUUGAAGGAGAAGUCUAAGGACGAGAAGAAAAAGAAAAAGAAUAAGCCAAAGUACUUGAAGGAUGUAGUUUUUAAGCAUUUGAUUGAGGGGGGUCCGGAGUUUGGAGAUAAAAAAGACGACGAAGAAGAAGAAGAGAAGAAAGUGAAGACAUAUUUUGAGGAGCAAGAGGAUUUGAGAAAGGAAUUUUUGAAUGCUGAUAAGGAGGAUGCGGAUGCAGAGGACUUGUUUAAGGUGAAGGUGAAUGGGAAAAGAGGGGAUGAGUUAGGAGAUGACGAGGAGGUUUCUACGGAGUUUGCUAAGAAGUUGGAUGAGGCUUUUGGAGAGGAUGACAAGUUUUUAAAGGAUUAUUUUGGGAAAGAGAUGUGGAAGGAUGAUAAGAAACGAAAGAGAGAAGAUGUGGAGGAGGUGGAGUUUUCGGAGGAUGAGGAGGAAAUUGAGAGGCAAGAGGAUUACGAGAGAGAUUUUAAUUUUAGAUUUGAGGAAAAUGGGGGUGAUCGAGUGUGGGGACAUUCAAGGAAAGUGGAGGGAUCAGUGAGAAAGAAGGCGAACGCGAGGAAGUUGCAGAGGGAGAGAAAAGAAGAGAGGAUGGUUCAAGCGGAGGAGGAAAGAAAAGAGGAGUUGAAACGGUUAAAGAAUUUGAAGAAGAAGGAGAUGAGGGAGAAGCUUGAGAAGAUCAAAGAGACCGCGGGGAUAGGAGAGGACGAGGUUUGCUUGUUGGAUGUCGCUGAUUUGGAGGAGGAAUUUGAUCCGAAUGACCAUGAUAGAAAGAUGAAAAAGGCUUUCGACGAUGCCUACUAUGAGGCAAAUGAUAUGGAUCCUGAAUUUGGAAGUGAUAAGGAUGAAUAUGAUGCCGAACUUGAGAAGCCAGAAUUUGACAAGGAAGAUGAAUUACUUGGAUACAAUGUGGGCGAACCUCGCGAUGAUAAUGAUGUGGCUGAAGAAGAUAAACAUAAGAAGAAGAAGAAGAGGAAGCGGACGAGUAAAGGAACGAAUACAGUUAAAGAACAUCUAAUGGAAGAGUAUUACAAGUUGGACUAUGAGGAUACAAUUGGGGAGUUGAAGACAAGAUUCAAGUAUAGGCCGGUUAAGGCGAAGAGAUUUGGGCUAACACCAGAGGAGAUAUUAACAAUUGAGGAUAAAAAUUUAAACCAGUAUGUCUCUUUGAAGAAGUUAGCACCUUAUAGAGAAAAAGAAUGGAAACUACCCCUUUGUAAAGCUCAUCAAGCGAAAAAGACACUUAAAGGAGAAAUAUCAGAUGUUCUAGAAGCUGAAAAAAAGCCUAAGUUUGAUAACAAGGAAAAUUUUGCUGGUGAGACAGAUGGUACAAGCAAACAAUCGAGGCGAAGUAGGUGGCGGAAGAAAAAAGCUGAGUAUAAGCUAUCUGCAGCAAGGCUUAAGGCAUAUUCAGGUAACAUAUCAGAGUCAAAGAGAAAAAAGAAUUAGCAGGCAGUUAAUGAGGAGCAGCUCUGUAUAACAGGUAAAUAGUUAUAAUGAGAAGCAUUUUAGUUGUUUCAGAUUGUCAUUCUGUCAAUAGA